CCCACGUCCUGGUAACCUAUGACCUUACAUCUUCUGACAAGAGUUGGGCGGGACGACUCUAACUGAUCGGCGAAACCUCUACAUUUCUGCCCCACGUUUCUACUCCUAAAGGGUGUGAGCUGUACUGGGCUGGGCUGACAGACAAGGGUGCUGAACUUGUACUUGAGGCAGCUGUACUCAAAGGUUUUCCAGCUGAGUCCAGACCUGAUCGACCAUCAUGGGGGAGGAACACAGGAAAUAUGUCAUCGGUUUCUUCGUGGUGGCAGCGAUUGUCAUGAUCAUCGCUCUGGUGGCCAGCUCCUUCCAGCGACUGGAGUCAGAUGAAAUCGGUAUAGCGUACGACACCAUACAGAAACACCUCGGGUCAGAUGUGAAGGAGGAAGGUUUACACACAGGACCUGUCGGCUACAGGUUCAUCAAGUUUCCUUCUGUCUUCAAGACACUGGAGUACACCAGUCUCACCUGCUUAAACAAGGAUGGGGUGCCCAUAGUGCUUGAUGUGGCGUUCCAGUAUCUGGCUCGACCCUCGGACCUGAACAGGAUCGUGACAGAGUUCCGUGAUCACGAGAACUAUGUCACUGUGCUGAGGAACGUUGGAGAGGCGGCCCUGCACGAGGCCUGUAGUCAGUUCAACACGUCAGAGUUCCAGUCAGCACGAGCGCUUUUCACUGAGAAAGUCCGGGAAACGCUGAGUCUCAGGUUCAACGACCUCAGCUCUGACAUCACAGACUUACAGGUCAACGACAUAACGCGACCCACAGCUUAUGAAAGUGCCGUACGCGCCAAGGAAGCCGCUCGGGAAAACAUCCAGGUUGCUGAGAAUGAACGACCGAGGCUGUUGACCCAGGCCAGGACGACCCGGAGAGAAGCGGAGACGCAGGCUCAGAUCGCCAUCAACAAGGCACAAUCUGACGCCAGGAUAGCCAUCAGCAGAGCGGAGGCAGAGGCAGAGGCCAUUCUAAAUGAGUACCAGACUGAGGCUGACACCUACGCUACCAUCAUCCAGCGCCAGGGUCUCACCACAGAGGGUUUCCUGGCGUACAUGGGUGUACGGGCUAUCAGUUCCUCCAAGAACCCUGUGUACGCAGGUGUGAAGGCGCCGGCUAAGACAGCGUACCUGGGAGAAACACCCUGACAUACUCACCUCACUAUCAAAGGCCAUGUUACAUGUAUAUUACUUGCAUCUGCAAAGGCAUCAAUUUUCGUCCGGUUUUCAACUCUACUGUAAAUUGUACAAAGCAGCUGCAAAACAAGCAAAUAUGUGGGCAUUACUAAUGUCAUAGAAUGGCAAAGUCAUCCAAAGUCAAAGAUGUAGAUGUGUUCGAGAACAUAAUGAAGAAUCUACUGUUCUAUAUACCCUACAGAUUGUGUAUGAUCGCUAGUUCACCUUUAUGCGCGGGAUAACCUAUAUCCGUUGUUUUUAAAGAUGGGGUUUUAGGGAUAUCAAGUCGACGCUUUCAAAGUGCAUUGAUUGAAAAUGACACAAUUUCAAAUCACGGUCUGUCGACUUCAUAUAGGUCACCCCGCAAAUAAAGGUGAACUAAUGUUACAUCUAUUCAGUCAUUUAUUCAACUUUCCUGACCACAUCGCAUGCUGACAUCAGUUUUGGAGUUCCCAGAGGAUGUCACCAAUAUAAUGUCAACAUGGCCGAAUGCAUCUUGGAUAUAACAGGGUUGUUUUACUUAUUGCACUCCGUGUCGCACAACCUUUGAGGAGGCAUUUAUCGAAAGUUGUAAAUAUUUCAUGGUGGUCUUUUUCUAAGGCGGGAAUCUCACCAAAAAUACUGUACAUUACUAGUGGUGUUGCUGUGGCCCCGCAAUUUGACAGUCUAGAACUCAACCAAUUUCAUCGAUGAAAAACAAAUCUUUUUACACUUUUUGUGUUUUGUUGUCUUUUUAUUAAUUUUUUUAUUUUAUACUUGUACUUUCCCAUAAUGAUUAUGAAGUCAAGGGUAACACAAAUUCAAUUCAGAACUCAGCGCACACCACUGAUGUUCCUCAGUCCACUGAGAUACCCCCUUAAGACAUAUAUUUCCACACUUCAAUACAGCAAGAACUGAUGUAUAAUUAAUAUGUGCCAUUUUAUGUCAGUUCAGAUGUGAAUAUGUUUGUAAAAAGGUUAUAUUUUGGGAUAAAGUUGGUGAAAUUAUUGUAUUUUGUGAUUAGACUGCAUGUUAUUCUUUGUAUUUUUUCAAUGGCUUUGUGAUAAUUGCAUUUUUAAUUUUGCUUAACACUUGUUCACCUUUAUCUGCAGGGUAACCUAUGGAAUUUGGGGGAAGUCUUGUCAAUAGAUCAUCAUCAGGUAGUUUUUCAAAAUGUGGCAAUUUGAAACUACCCUCUGUGAACUAAAUGAUAUCCCAAAUAGCACUGAUGAUGGGUUACCUCACGGAUAUAGAUGUAGGACCAAGACAUGUCUAUGAGAAAUUGCAAAAUGAAAGAUAGACUUUAUAUUUCAAUUAAAAUUACGAUUUAAAACACCACACCUCUAGUAUUCAUUGAUGUACUUAAAACUACCUAAUAUUCUACAAUGUUACAGAAACUUGACAAUGAUUUUAAAAGAUGAUAAAGAAUAACACAUUAGUGGAAAACUCUAGUGCCUUCCCUUGUGAUUGUGUUUGAAUAUGAAAUGUACAUUAUGUUAACUUUGUGACUUACAUGACUUGUAUUAUUUGAAUUAACUGUGGAACCAACAAGACUAUCAACCACAUAAAUGUAGUUCUAACAACUCAGGAAGAAGCAAACUUGAACUGUUGCUAUGUUUUUAAUGCUUGAAUAAAGAUCAGUUCUUGUCCUGUACA